GGGAUGAGUGGCCAAGGCCGAGGUGGAGGUGGCGAGAGGCGGCGUUGAAGAAUGUGCGGGCGAACAUCGUGUCACUUACCUCGAGAUGUGCUCACGAGAGCGUGUGCCUAUCGGAACCGGCAGGGCGAGCGGCGGCUCCCCGAGUGGAGGGACGCUGACAAGUAUUGCCCGUCGUACAACAAGAGCCCUCGGUCGAGCAGCCCGGUGCUUCUGUCUCGACUGCACUUUGAGAAGGGCACAGACUCUUCUGAGCGUAUCAUUGUUCCCAUGCGAUGGGGUUUGGUCCCAUCUUGGUUCAAAGAAAAUGAUCCUUCCAAGCUGCCAUUCAAUAUUACCAAUUGUCGUAGUGAUACCAUAAUGGAGAAACGGUCCUUCAAC